AUGCUUCUGCUGCUGUCUGUCUGUCUGUCUCUUCCUGCCUCCGCCCUCCAGAUCACCACCCGCCGCACUAAGCCUACUCGUCCAUCCAGCUCUGCGGCCUCCAGUGGCACAGCCGGGGCCUCCGGAUCUGCAUCGGCAUCAUGUGGAGAAAUCAGCAGCAGCGAGCCCAGUACUCCGGCGCAAACCCCUCUGGCUGCUCCCAUAAUCCCCUCACCCUCUCUGACCUCUCCAGUGGCUCCAAUGCCUCCUCCUGGGCCCAGCAAGGAGGAGGAGAACCUACGGGCUCAGGUGAAGGACCUGGAGGAGAAGCUGGAGACUCUGAAGAUGAAGAGGGCUGAGGACAAGGCCAAGCUGAAAGAGCUGGAGAAAUCCAAACUACAGCUGGAGCAGUUACAGGAAUGGAAGAGUAAGAUCCAGGAGCAGCAGGCCGACCUGCAGAAGCAACUCAAGGAGGCCAAGAAGGCCAAAGAGGCCCUGGAGGCCAAGGAGCGCUACAUGGAGGAGAUGGCGGACACAGCCGACGCCAUCGAGAUGGCCACUCUGGAUAAAGAAAUGGCGGAGGAGAGAGCGGAGUCUCUACAGCAAGAGGUGGAAACCAUGAAAGAAAAGGUGGAGGAGCUGACCAUGGACUUGGAGAUCCUGAAACACGAGAUCGAGGAGAAAGGGUCAGACGGAGCCGCCUCCAGUUAUCAGGUGAAGCAGUUGGAGGAGCAGAAUGGCCGGCUGAAGGAAGCUCUGGUCAGGAUGAGGGACCUCUCGGCCUCAGAGAAGCAGGAGCACGUCAAAGUGCAGAAACAUCUGGAGAAGAAGAACACCGAGCUGGAUACCCUGCGGCAGCAGAAGGAGAAGAUGCAGGAAGAAGUGUCCCACAUGGAGAAGACCAUCGAUGAGCUGAAGGAGCAGGUGGACGCAGCUCUGGGGGCUGAAGAAAUGGUGGAGACUCUGGCGGAGAGGAACCUGGAUCUGGAAGAGAGAGUCCGUGAACUGCGAGAGACGGUCACUGACCUGGAAGCCAUCAACGAGAUGAAUGACGAGCUCCAAGAAAACGCCCGUGAGACAGAGCUGGAACUGCGCGAGCAUCUAGAUAUGGCGAAUGCCCGAGUACGUGAGGCGGAGAAACGCGUAGAGGCCGCUCAGGAAACCGUGGCCGAUUACCAGCAGACCAUCAAGAAAUACCGAGAUCUGACUGCUCAUUUACAGGAGGUGAACAGAGAGCUCCGGAACCAGCAGGAGGCCACGGUGGAGAAGGAGCAGCAGCCGUCUCCCGAAAUGUUUGACUUCAAGAUCAAGUUUGCCGAGACCAAGGCCCAUGCCAAGGCCAUCGAGAUGGAGCUGCGCAAGAUGGAGGUGAACCAGGCCAAUCGCCACGUGUCCCUCCUGACCUCCUUCAUGCCGGACAGCUUUCUGCGACACGGAGGGGAUCAUGACUGUAUCCUGGUGUUACUGCUCAUCCCCAGACUCAUCUGCAAGGCGGAGCUGAUCAGUAAGCAGGCGCAGGAGAAGUUCGAGCUGUCGGAGACGAGUGAGAAGACGGGUAUGAGGGGAGCCGUGGGAGAGCAGAUGAGCUUUGCUGCCGGUCUGGUCUAUUCCCUGAGCCUCCUGCAGGCCACGCUACACAAAUACGAGCAGGCUCUGAACAAGUGCAGCGUGGAGGUGUACAAGAAGGUGGGCACGCUGUACCCCGAGAUGAGCGUCCACGAACGAUCGUUAGACUUCCUUAUCGAAUUGUUGCACAAAGAUCAGCUGGAUGAGACGGUCAACGUGGAGCCGCUCACCAAAGCCAUCAAGUACUAUCAGCACUUGUACAGCAUCCACCUGGCUGACCAGCCUGAAGACUGCACAAUGCAGCUGUUUGACCAUAUCAAGUUCACACAGAGCGCUCUGGACUGUAUGGGAGUUGAAGUGAGCAGACUGCGCGCCUUCUUACAUACUGGGCAGGAGGCGUCAGACUUUGCUAUCCUCCUGAAGGAUCUGGAGACCUCCUGCAGUGACAUCCGUCAGUUCUGUAAGAAGAUCCGCCGCAGAAUGCCGGGCACAGAGGCAGCCGGAAUACCCGCCGCUCUCGGCUUUGGUUCCCAGGUCUCCGAGACGCUGCUGGAAUGCCGCAAACAUCUGAAGUGGGUGGUGGCCGUUUUCCAGGAGGUGGCAGCUGCCGGCGCUCAGAUGAUCGCUCCUCUCGGGGAAACUGAAGGUCUGCAGUCCUUAAAACUGGAAGAUGUCGCCUUCAAGGCCUCUGAACAGAUUUAUGGCUCUCAAGGCAGCAACCCAUACGAGUGCCUCCGACAGUCUUGCAACAUCCUGAUCGCCACCAUGAACAAGAUGGCCACCGCCAUGCAGGAAGGAGAGUAUGACGCCGACAAGCCUCAGAACAAGCCUCCUCCAGUUGAGCAGAGAGCCGCUGCCCUCCGUGCAGAGAUUACUGACGCUGAGGGAUUGGGACUGAAGCUGGAGGAUAGAGAGACCGUCAUCAAAGAGCUGAAGAAGUCUCUGAAGAUCAAGGGGGAGGAGCUGAGUGAAGCCAACGUACGGCUUAGCCUGCUGGAGAAGAAGCUGGACAGCGCCUCCAAGGAAGCAGAUGACCGGGUGGAGAAGAUCCAGACCAAGCUGGACGAAACGCAGGCUGUGCUGAAGAAGAAAGAGAAGGAAUUCGAGGAGACCAUGGAUGCCCUACAGGCGGAUAUCGACCAGCUGGAGGCAGAGAAGGCUGAGUUACGGCAGAGACUGAACAACCAAUCAAAACGCACUAUCGAGGGUCUCCGCGGGGCCCCCGCAUCCGGUGUGGCAUCCAUUGUGUCUGGCAUCGCAGGAGAGGAAGAGCAGAGAGGAGUGGUCUCCAGCCAGGUCCUGCUGAACGGAUCGGGUCCUGUACAAGUGAAGGACUCACCGUUGCUUCUGCAGCAGAUUGAUGCCCUGCGCCUGUCCAUGAAGCACCUGAAGCAGGAGAACAACAAGCUGAAGGCUCAGCGGAUGAAGGAGGAGCUGGCUGCCUUACCUCCACUGCAUUUGCCUAAACUAACCCUCUCCAAAGACCGUCCGCGGGAGGAGGUCAUGUCUGGGACGCUCUACCGCAAGACCAGUCAGCUGUUGGAUACCCUGCAGCAAAUGAGCGCCAACGCCAAGGUGGUGGACAUCACCCACAAAUGUCUGUACACAGGCAGUCCAGCAACGCAGCUCCUCGAACAGACCGCUCGCCUCAAGUCGCUCAGCGAGACGAUCGACAAGCUGAAGGAUGAAGUCCUGAAGGAGACCGUAUCACAGUGCCCUGGAGCAAACGUCCCAUCAGACUUCGCUACCUUCCCAUCAUUAGACUUUAUAAAGGCCAAAGAAGAGAAGAAAGAAGACACGGUUUACAUCGGGAAGGUGAUGCUCCCGUGUCAGGCGGAGCGGGGACAGAUCCAUCGUCUGGUGCUAACCCCAGAACAACUAAAUGAACUGCAUGGUCGCCUCAUCAGCUAG